CGCACCAACAGCCGUUGAGAGACGAAGAAGAAAACGACGCAGGAAACAAACCGUCCGCUCUGGUGUGUAGCUUUCAGCUAAUUCAACGCUCGCUAAAAACAAGUCUGUCCACACAGUUUUGUAUGAACUUGUUUUUCAGCAGCGAUUGGGCGCAGAUUCGUGUGUUGAACGCGACGUUUUGUUUUUAUUUUGACGACCGUUUGUGUGCAGCCGGUGUCUCAGUGAGCCGCAUCGUCUGGUAGCCUAGCAUCAGUGUGGCUAGCUCUGACGCUCUACGCGCAGCUUGCUAACAUCAUAACAGGUUGAUUUUGAAGAUGAAUUUGGUCCAGAACAGAACUUUGCACCCACACCUCCGCGACGAGGAGGCUCUGGUGGUGGAAAACGCCAUCCGGCUGGCGAUAGACUCGAUAAUAAACGUGCUGUACGGUGUGAACAGUGCCAGGGCUCGAGAGUACCAGCGGAUGGUGGCCGACAGGGACAAAGAGAUCCAGCGGUUGGAGUGCAGGCUGAAGGAGAUCGAGCACGAGCUGCAGGUGCCCCGCCGACAGGGACACACCUGCGGGAUGCUGGAGAAAGCGCAGAGCUCCGUUGACCCGCAGAGGACAGAGCCGGCCGGGUUUGAACCAGGCUGCACUGACACUGAGGUGACCGCAGGGCAACAGGAGUGUGACAUGAGCAUCUCUUUGGGCCUUUUUGCAAGACCCCCCUCACAUGUCUCAUGCCAAAGCCAGGAGUCGGCUCUUCCAUCAUCCCCCAGCCGAAUGGGUCUGGACCAGAGCUUCACCUCCCACUCCUCAGUGUCCUCAUGUGUAUCUGAGGCAACCAGGAAUCUGCCCACAUCUCCCAGCAGCCUCGUCAUCAAAGAGGAGCCAUGUGAUGUGGACACAGUCUUAAUCAAGUGGGAAAUGAGUGAGGAGAGACUCGGCGAGCAUCAGGAGAGACUCGGAGAGCAUCAGGAGAGCACAGACAGUCCAUGUCAGGACCAAGAGAGCUCCAGUGUAGAAAAAAACCUGGAGAAUGGAGAGAGGAUAAAGUUCAGGGAGAAACCUUACGCAGACCCAGAUGGACAUCACCUCACUGAGGGUGAACACCUGAGGAACAAGAAGAAGAGCGUGCCCAUGUCCGAGCUGCCGGAGGAGGCUCAGAGACUGAAGAGGGCAGCCUGGAGAGCAGCUUCCAGGCGCUACUACGCCCGGAAAGUAGCUCGCCAACAGGCAACCCCCUCACGCUCCAUCCCCUUUCCCCACAUUACAGACUCCCGGUUCCUACAGCCCAUCUCUUUAAUGGAUAAGAGAAGGAGGACGCUGAUAUCAGAGUUACCUGACGAGUCUCAGACGCUGCAGAGGGAGGCGUGGAGAGUGGCGUCCAGGCGGUAUUACGCUAAGAAAAAUGCUCGCCACCAGGGCGAGCCCACACAGUUCGUACACCUGCUGCAGAGCUCUGAAGAAACGCUGGGACCCAACAGAGGAGGAUCCAGCACCAGCGGUGGAGGAAUAAUGUGCAGCUGAUAGACAGCGAUGCUGCUGAGGUUGCAUUUGUUUUGUGAUGUGGGACACUGGACCGAAUGUUUUGUUACUAAUGUCCGUUGAGAUCUUCUGAUACUGGCUCUUAAUUUCUCACAUUUUUUCUAAAUUAUUAUUUUUAUUUAUUUCAACCUCCUUUUGUAUACUGAACUACAUGCCUGUACAAAAUGCAAGCUGCAAAGGAAGCCUGAAUAUCUGUAUUCUGAGGCAAUAUGAAGCUGUUGUUCAGUGUUACUCAUGUAUCAAUACAGCGCCCCUAGAGUCCAACAUCUGUAACUACAACCAAGGCAUCUGUAACGGUUGAAUCAUGAGCUCAACAUCUCUGUGUAAUGAUAGCUGAAGAACCAGCAGUUGAUUAUUUACUGAUGAAUUUAAAAUGGGUCUUUAUUUCCUUUGGAACAUGUUAAUAAAGACAAUUCAAAUCAUGA